UUUUGCAGAUCAACAAUGGAACAAAAUGAGCCGAUCAUCAUACGAUUGCGAAAUCAUGAGAACCAAGUGUACACUAGUCUUAUCGGAGUAGGCCCUCACACUUUUCGGGUUUCUUUCAACACAGGGAUGCACGGGAUCUGGAUUCCAGGAAGAAUUCCCCGUGUUGCCAACCAGGUGAAUGCCUACGAUGGAGAUGUGUCACCCACGUACCUCGAAUUUCCUGGAACGUUUGACUCGAUUAGGUUGCGAAAUGGUGCUGUCACCAUAUCCGGGAGGAGGAAAACCGAGUACAUUCUGGUAGGACACACGGGAAACUAUGUUCUGUUUGGUCCACAAGAGUUCGUAGUCUAUCGAAGAGUUGUUCCACGUCAGUUUUACCUUAAUCUUCCCUAUGAUGGGUUUGUGGGACUUGGAUUUACUCCGCCAGCCAAUGUUGAUGCAGUGGGUGCUAAUAAUCCAAUCUGCACGACAAUGAUGAACCAGGGUUUGCUAGGAAGCAAUCGAUUUUCUCUUUAUCUGCGAGAUUACUAUUUUAAUGGCGAUGAUGGUGGACGGCUUAUCUUUGGAGGUGUUAACCAGGGACAUUACUUAGGUCACCACCAAUAUUUUGAUCUCGUCAACAACUUGAACCAAUGGAUGAUUCAUAUGUACUCAGUUUCUGUUGCAGGUCAUCUAGCACAAUUCUGUACUAAAGUUCUCAUAGACAGUGGAUGCAAAUACAUCUAUGGGCCUCCUCAUAUUAUCUACAGAAUCAACCGACAAAUCCUUGGCAGAGAUGUACCACUUCAUGGAACAACAGUACUUACUGAAGGUGAGGCAGCAGGCAUAUUAGAUUGGCCCCAUGUGUCAUUCAACUUCAUUGAAGGUGAUGAGGAUGCUUCUUUAACCAUAGCUCCACACAACUAUGUGAUUGCUGCUGAUACGGAUGGACUAUUCAUCUCGGCGUUCCGACCUUUGGUUUUUCAACCUGGGGAUGAGGGACACUUUGUUCUAGGUCUUCCAUGGCUCCGUCGAUACCACACUGUCUUCGAUUUUGGGCAACAAAGGAUUGGCUUUGCUCUUGCUGUCCAAUAAGCUUAACUUGUUUUUAUGUUAAGUAACCGAUUUCUAUCUCUACAGUUAUACAUUAUGGUUCUGUAAUGAAUACUUAUGACGUUUGCUUGCUAUCUUGAUCUACUUCUAUGACUAUAUUUUAUUCA